GCGGGGCUGGCGGCGGCGAGGUGGCCAUGGCUUCCAUGGCGGCGGCGAUUGCUGCCUCCCGCACGGCCGUGAUGAACGGGAACCGGCCGCUGGACGAGCGGGAGCGCAAGCGGUUCAGCUACUUCUCAUCGCUGAGCCCUAUGGCGCGCAAGAUCAUGGCGGAGAAGGAGCGGAUCCGCGAGCGCUACGGGCCCGAGUGGGAGCGGCUGCCGCCCCGGCAGCAGGACGAGAUCAUCGACAAGUGCCUGGUGGAUCCCCACAUUCAGGCCCGCUACGCCGCGCACCGCGGUGCCUCCCGAACCGCCGCGCCGCCCUCCUGCUACCCCAGCCUCCGCAUCAACACGGGCCAGAAGGUGGUGCGCUUCGGCGACGAGGACAUCACUUGGCAAGAUGAACACUCGGCUCCCUUCUCCUGGGAAACGAAGAGUCAGAUGGAGUUCAGUGUGGCAUCUCUGUCCCUACAAGAACAAGGUGGUGCCCCGUUGCAAAAUGAACAGAGGCAGCCCAUUAAAGCGGCACUGGGUGUCCAAGUCCCGAAAUCCUCUCAGGCCAGUAAGACCCCUGGCUCUGAUGCGUUGAUAGCAUCCAGAAAGGAAGAGGAGUCCUCUUUCUGGAAGAUAAAUGCAGAGCGCUCAAAAUUUGAAGGAGACAAAUCUGAGUUCCAGUCCUUGACCCCCAGCCAGAUCAAGUCCAUGGAGAAAGGAGAGAAACCCCUUCCCUCAUUUUACAGACAAGAGUCUACUCCAAAGGAGGUUGUGAAAGCUGAGAAGCCCAGCACAACUAAACCAGAGAAGUCUGUUGCCCCCAGCUUACCUUCUGUAUCUCUCGAAUGGGAGAAACCUCAACCCACUCAACUCCCUCCUAGCUCUCUAGAUGACUUCUUUCUUCCUGACCCACCUCAGGACCUGGCAUCUUCUAGGACAAACAAGGAAGAUUCUGAUGGUACUAUACUUACAGAUCCACAAAUGCCUGGACAGACUAGUACAAGCAAUGUUAUCUUGAAGACUGGCUUUGAUUUUCUAGACAACUGGUAAAAGAUACUGUAGAUCAAACCAAUUUGGGGGAAGAAGUGGAGUAUCUUUCUCCUUGUAUGUUAAUUUACUAGCAUUUGUGUCUUUUUCUAGAAGUAACUUUCAAACUCUUAAAUGUUGCCUUUGUAUAAACUUUUGUAAUACCAUAUAUGUUUUUGGUUUUUAAACAGUGAUAGAAGUGUGGUUUCACUUGGGGUUUUUAAAUACCUGUUACAAUUUUUAGUAGCUACUGUAUUGAGAGAGUGGGUGAAGUUACCAUGCACAUGUUAAAGAAAAACCAAUGAGUCUCCAUGCUCUAGAAAUGGAAACUACAGGCCUGGAUUGCUGUUUGCAGUCAAAACCUCGCUAGCGCGGCUUGUGGGGAAAAAACAUUGCACAUCCAAUGGUUCCAAAUAAGCAAAUAAUUCCAUGGGCCGGAUAAUUAGAGAAAACAAACAGAACAAAACCAGUAUGAAAAAUAAACAUACACAAGAAUUGCAUUGAUUUCUGUAUUUCAUUUAGCUUGAAAGUAACUUUUGUACCACUUAUUUGAAUUUUUCUUUUCUUUUUUUUUUAAGAGGGCAAAGGCAUUACCAAAAUGAUGGAUCCAAAGAAGCACUAUGUUUGCACCCUUCAAAUCUGCUAAAAUAACAUAAGAGUAUUAGAAAAAUAACCUGGGGAAACGACAGGUGUUUCUGAGCUUUGGAUUAGAGACUUGGGGGUGGGUGGAAGGAAAUGGGACAACACCUAAUGAACGGGAGAAACUCUCUUCAGGGAACACAAGCCAAAUGAUUUCACUGCCUCCUUACUAGAGUAGUGCUGGCAGCACAGCACUGGGAAUUGCUGGAGUGUAGAUUACCUAUGUGUCAGGAAACCACUAUGUUUAUGGGAGGUCAUAGCAGUAUAAGGCUUCUUUGUUUUUUAAGCAGCUUAUCGUCUCAAGGACUCAUCAACUUUGGUGCUUUUUCCUCUGUGUGGUUACAUUCCCUUAAGAGCUCAACAUCUGGGUUGCAUUUGUUCCCGAGGUGUGGAGAGGCACCUCAAGGUGGCCCUCAGCAGACUUGCCUCCAGUUCUGCAUUUGAAUGACCUUUGUUUGGUGUUUAAAAUGUAGAGAACAAGACUAGCUUGUCGUUUGAAUCUAUUGUCUGUGAAAUGCAGCAUGAUUUACACACUGAUUCUCACUGUGUUUACCUCACCUUGAAGCCUUAACUCCCCCUACGCACAGCCAGUGACUGGUCUGCUCCGAUGCCAAAGGUUUGACCUUUCCCUUUACCUCAGCAAUAGUCCCAUAGCAUUUGUUUGGGGUAGAAGGCAAAACACAGGGCUCUAAUGGAUCCCAGCCAAGGCUAUAGGAAGGUCACCAUCUCCUAGACCUUAAUUGUGCUAGGCUUCUCAUGGAUUAGCACUUGACAUUUGGUUCAGUGCCAGGGGCAGUUAAAUGUGCAGAGCUGGAUGCUGCAGGAUUUUCUUCUGCCAAUUACAGGAAAAGUUUGAGAUGUUCUAGAAGAAUCCUUCCUCUAAUUGGUGUGCUGCUUGCCCUGAACAAGCAGAGGAUGCUGGUAGUGCAUUAAAGCGUAAUUGCUGAUCAAGGAAAUGCUGUAAGCCAUCCCCUUCUCCCUGCCCUCCACCCACUGCACAUACUGAAAAAAUCCCCAAAACCAAACCACCAAGGCCAAAUUCUCAAUUUCUUCCUAAUAUUUUCUUGUAAAGGUUUCUUAGCUGAAAGGGAGGAUUGCCACAGAGUAUAAAGUCACUGCAUACUAAACUUCUGCAAGCUUCUUUACAUGCUUCCUGAGAUGCACAAACACCCAUAAUUCGUGAAUAUUGUCUCUGCGUUCAGCAGUUGAGACAAUACUUGCUGUUUCUACCAGCCUGGACUUUGCUGGUUUUUUUUCUUAGCUGACCUUUUUUUUAGCAUUUGCUAGAAGCAUCCUGCAUUAAUACAGCCUAGAACAACUUCAGCAGAAAUUCUUUAGGUGUAUUAGUAUUGACUCUCACCUUCUUUGUAAAGCUGACAAAUGUUAACCCAGGGGUUUACAGUGACCAGUGAAUCUAAUUUGCUGUACGCUCAACUGCUGAAAAGUUACAAAUCCAAUGUGAAGAAGCACAUUUUAAUCUGACUUUAAUAUAGGGUGAGCUGAAAGCAUAGUCUCCUACUACUGAGGAGAGCUAUUUUAAGCCUCUGCUAAAUACCUUAAAGCUUCUAAGGGAAGAACAUGGGCUGCCUGUCUCUUCCAUCGAUUAACUCAACCCUAGUACACAUUGGGACCAGCUGGUAGAACAUGCUGCAGAACUUUUUACUUAUCCUGGUAGGUUUUUCCUGUGCUUUGACAAGAGUUGAUUCUCCUUCUUUCUUUAAUAUGUUUUUAUUAAACAUUCUUAUAAAAAAAAAAUUGUACUUGGUCACAUUUUAUAUUAACAAUGUUUUAAUAAAGUCACUUUAAAUAGAA